AUGAUGGCGCGUCCUCGUUCUCGCUCCCCUGACAGCAGGAACCUGUUUUCUUUCCUCGAUCUGAGCGGCCUCUCUACAGGGUCCAUCAUCACGUUGGUCUGCGCGGCCCUGACCCUGGUCUUCAUGCUGCAAGGCUGGCUCUUCAGCUUUGACAGCCCCCUGGAUGACGGGAGUUCUGCCAGCUUUGUGGCGGCCACCAGGCGCAGGCUGAGGGAGGAGCUCAACACUGAGGACGUUUUCCAGCCGGAGGACUGGGGCUCCUUCCACGAGCGCCACGCGGCGGAGAUCCGUGAGCUGGAGCGCUCCUUCAAGCAGCUGCAGAAUGCGGACCACAGGAAGCUGUCCGAAGAGGAGAUGGCUGCCAUGCAACUGGCUGGGGAGAUUGUCUUUCCAGGGGGGGCCAGUUUGGGGGAAGAGGCGACCCCCGGGGGUGGGAACAAGCGUGUGCGGACCCAUGCGGACGAGGUUCUUAAGAAGUUGAGGGAGGAAGAGGAGAAGAAGAAUGAGGAGCUGACCAAGAGGACGGAAAAGCUGAUUGUGCUCAAGCAGAUGCAGAAGAAUCUCAAGAAAACGGUGGGGGCUAAGAAAAGCAUGGUAGGCGCUGAAAAGAAAGAGAGGGUAGAAAGGAAAGACAAGACAGAAAGUAGCAAGGAUCAUCCAGAGCAAAGACAGGGGUUGGAGGAGAACGAAGUCCAAGUUCAAGAUCUGAGCCAGAGCAGGAAGGUUACAGGAGAACCAAUGUUGGUAGACGAUAGGCCGCGGAAGGUGGCCUCUGGUGAGAACGGACAGUCAGUGAAAGUCACUCGUCCAGAGAAUGGGAAUUCCAUCGAAGCUGGUGCAAAAAGCGGACUGACGCUUGUGAAAGGGAGACAGCGGCCCAAGGUCAUGAUCCUGACAGCGAACGAGGCGCGGCCGUGCAAGCUGGCCCGGGGGUACGAGAUCAUCAUGAAGGGAGUGAAGAACAAGAUUGACUAUGCGAGGGUGCACGGUCACGAGCUGUUUUACAGCAUGGAGCUGUUCGACUCGUCGUUCGACAUGUACUGGCUCAAGUACCCCCUCCUCCAGAGGAACAUGGCGGACCGCGCUGACGUGGAAUGGUUCCUCUGGAUGGACACCGACACGCUCAUCACCGACUUCAACUUCGACAUCCCCUUCGACAAGUACCGCGGCUUCGACCUGGUCUUCUCGGGGAGCGAAGAAAAGGUGUACGAGGAAGGGGAUUGGCUGGGUUUAAACGCGGGCAGCUUCCUGGUGCGCAACUCGCACCGCGGCCGCGCGUUCGUGGAUGCCGUGAUGGAGUACGGGGCCCUGGACAAGAGGGUCGACGUCGGCAAUAUGCUCAGCCGCGAGAUCCAAGGCCGGGCGGACAACUGGCCCGCCGACGACCAGUGCGCGAUCGUGCACCUGCUCAGAACGCGCCAGGCCGAGUGGCGCAACUGGACGGUCCUUGAGCCGGACGGCGUGUACCACACGUGGUGGAAGACGGUUCGCCCCAUCCUAGAUAUCCUGGCCGACCAGGGGAACGACAUCGAGGGCGGGGCGGCAUACCCUUUUGUCACACAUUUUACCGGCUGCAAGAUGUGCCACGGCGAGUACGGCGAGGCCAGCCUGGACGAGUGCCACGAGGCGUUCGACCGUGCGUACAACUUUGCGGACAACCAGGUGCUGCGGACGUACGGCUACCAGCACGCCAGCCUCGACAGCGCCGUGCUGCGGCCGCUAUAG